AUAACGUACAGUUUUGGGCCCGUGCUGUCAGUCACAACGCGGCCAGGUCCCGGGCGAGGGGCCCGCGAGGCGGGCGCCGCCAUGGCGGCGGUGUUUGACCUGGACCUGGAGACGGAGGAAGGCAGCGAGGGCGAGGGCGAGCCAGAGUUCAGCCCCGCGGACGUGUGUCCCCUUGCCGAGUUGAGGGCUGCUGGCCUGGAGCCUGUGGGACACUAUGAAGAGGUGGAGCUCACUGAGACCAGUGUGAACCUGGGCCCUGAGCGCAUUGGACCCCACUGCUUUGAGCUGCUGCGUGUGCUGGGCAAGGGGGGCUAUGGCAAGGUGUUCCAGGUGCGAAAGGUGCAGGGCAGCAACUUGGGCAAAAUAUACGCCAUGAAAGUCCUGAGGAAGGCCAAAAUUGUGCGCAACGCCAAGGACACGGCACACACACGGGCUGAGCGGAACAUUCUAGAGUCCGUGAAGCACCCCUUCAUUGUGGAACUGGCCUACGCCUUCCAGACUGGUGGCAAACUCUACCUCAUCCUCGAGUGCCUCAGUGGCGGCGAGCUCUUCACACAUCUUGAGCGAGAGGGCAUCUUCCUGGAAGACACGGCCUGUUUCUACCUAGCAGAGAUCACACUGGCCCUGGGCCACCUCCACUCCCAAGGCAUCAUCUACCGGGACCUCAAACCAGAGAACAUCAUGCUCAACAGCCAGGGCCACAUCAAACUGACGGACUUUGGACUCUGCAAGGAGUCGAUUCACGAGGGCGCUGUCACCCACACCUUCUGUGGCACCAUUGAGUACAUGGCCCCUGAGAUUCUGGUGCGCAGUGGCCACAACCGGGCGGUGGACUGGUGGAGCCUGGGGGCCCUGAUGUACGACAUGCUCACUGGAUCGCCACCCUUCACUGCAGAGAACCGGAAGAAGACCAUGGACAAGAUCAUCAAAGGGAAGCUGGUGCUGCCCCCGUACCUCACCCCGGAUGCCCGCGACCUCGUCAAAAAGUUUCUGAAGCGGAAUCCCAGCCAGCGGAUCGGGGGCGGCCCCGGGGACGCUGCCGAUGUGCAGAGGCACCCCUUUUUUCGGCACAUUAAUUGGGACGAUCUCCUGGCCCGCCGCGUGGACCCCCCUUUCCGGCCCUGUCUGCAAUCAGAGGACGACGUGAGCCAGUUUGACACCCGCUUCACACGGCAGACGCCAGUGGACAGCCCAGACGACACGGCCCUCAGUGAGAGCGCCAACCAGGCCUUCCUGGGCUUCACAUACGUGGCGCCCUCCGUCCUGGACAGCAUCAGAGAGGGCUUCAACUUUCAGCCCAAACUGCGCUCCCCCAGACGCCUCAACAGCAGCCCCCGGACCCCCAUCAGCCCCCUGAAGUUGUCACCCUUUGAGGGGUUCCGGCCUAGCCCUGGCCCACCGGAGCCCAUGGAGCCCCCUUUACCUCCUCUCCUGCCGCCGCCACCACCCUCAAGCACUGCCCCUCUCCCCAUCCAACCCCCCUCGGGGACCAAGAAGUCUAAGAGGGGUCGCGGGCGCCCUGGGCGCUAGCAGGCCGAGUAGGGAUGAAGACAGCUAUUGGGGCCCUUCCCUGCAGGCUGUGAGGACAGUGGGACCCUGGGGCAGUCCCAGAGAUCGGGGAGUGUCCCGGGGUACUGGAGUGAGUGUGUGAGAGCAUGUGUCUCUGCUGGGGGUGGCUGUGCCCCUGAAUCAUGAGCGUGAGGGGCUGCUGCAGCGGAGCUGUGCCCUUGCAGAAUUAAAGUAUCGCAUCAUGGCACUGA